AAAAGUAUCAACGUAACCAUCAAAAAAGCAUAGUAGGAGUAUCGUUUAUCAAAUAAACAUCAAUUCGUAACCACAUUUGUCACCACUGGGAAAAGAAUUUGGUUCUUUUCUUCAAAUAUACUCUAUCUUCUCAUUUUGGCACCCUGAUGUAGCAGCAUCUCCUCAGUGGGAAUAAUGUGGUAACGAAUGAUUCAUAGACAAAGAAGUGACACAACCAAGAUGCUAUUCUCCGGGUAUAAUAGCACAUUUAAACAGGAAGGAAUAAAACCUCUUAUAGUAUGAACGCUUGAAAGCUGCAAUCCACCGUUGUUUCUUCCAUAAAACAAGAAUCACAUUCCAGCUAUCAGUACACCAACAGACGAUGAGCGGCGGCACCAAUAAUUUCCCAGUAGGGCCAACACGGGGUAAUAGGCGGCCGGGAGAAGGAUAUGAUGCCCGUGCUUCUAAUGCCACUGACUGGAACAGAGCACACGCCAUGUUUCCCAGCCCCACUUUUCGGGCUGGUCAGAAUAGCAGAGGAGGUUUUCAAGUGCCAUGGUUGCUUACGGAUGAUGAGAGAGUAAUGGGAGGAGCUUGGGGCUUAUCCAGGUUUCAAGAACCACCUAUUUCUCCCUUGUCUCUCCGAGCCGAUGAGAUUGCAAGAAAUUACAUCCACCUUAGGCCCGGGCAAUACAUUCCAGAAUCUCCCCCAAGGUUCGUAGCACCGAGUUUGCAAUUACCAACACAACAGGAAGAGGAGUCAAGAUUAAGCCGCGAUGAGCAAAAAAAGGCCUUGAACAAGCUAAAGAAAGAAAUAUACAAUCCUACCCCGAAGAGGUUAGCAAAGAGACUGAGCCUGUAUUAUAGAGACUCUGGCGAUGCCACUGCCAGAAAUAGUAGAUUCGACGAGAAGGGAGACGAGGAAUAUGAAGAGAAGUGUGCAAUUUGCUUAGACGAUUUUGAGCCUAAACAGCUGAUUUUCCGCACCCCCUGCAACCAUAUGUUUCAUGAAGACUGCAUUGUGCCAUGGGUUAAGAGCCAUGGACAAUGUCCAGUUUGUCGGUUUGCAAUUUGCGAGCGGAUGAGACAGAAUUUAGUGCCCCCGAACAACAACAUUACAACCGCGCAUGUACCUGUUGAUCUAUUGAUUGAGCUUUUGAGGUGGGAUAUUUAAAUCUGGCGACAAGACCAGAAACAGAAGAGAGAUAUUGCCUUUAAUCUACUGCUACUGCUACUAUUACCACAUAAUUUCCAGCUCAAAAAUAAAAUUUUGUUUUUUUUAAGGAACGACUCUUAGGUAACAUGUUUCUUCUCUCUAUGGCCCUUUGUCCUGAGCCACCAAUCCUCCCUGUGUAUUUCAGCCCUUCUCUAUAUAUAUUUAAAAAAGAAAAAAAAGUCGAACAUUCGAUACAAAAA